AUGUUAAGAAAUCAAAUAACAGGAAAAUUAGAAGCUGUUGGAGAUACAGUAGAACUAUUUCAUUUUAUUUUACAUCCAAAAGAUGAACAAAAUUUAAUUCGUGAAGAACAAGAUAAAGGAAAAGAAUUAUAUUCAGUUUUAGUUCAAUUUGAAAUUAUUCAAAGAGAUACAAUAAGAAAAAUAUUUCGAAAUAAUUCACAAGAACGAGAUAAAAUAGAAAAGAUAAUUCGGAAUGAUCUUGAUCCUUCGAUUGCCGAUCCAUUAAUUAGUUUAUUAAAUAAAUUAAAAGAUAAUAUUAGUCAACAAAAUCAAUAUUUUUAUCAAACAGAUUUACCAUUUACUAUUAAAGAAGAAGAAGGAAAUAAUAUUCGAAUUUAUCUAAAAGAAAAAAAUAUUUUAAAGUCUGGUGGACUUGCUAAAUAUAAAUAUGUAGAUAUUAAAAGAAAUAUUGAAAGAAUUUUAAAAAAUAUUCAAUUUGAAAAUGAUAAAGAAUUAAUUUGGUCGAAAAUUUUGUCUUUACAAGGAGAUAUUCGUUCAUUUAAAAAAGAUUUAAAAGCUAAUUUAAAAGAUUUUAUAAAUCUUCAAGAUCAAGAAAAUGUUCCAAAAGAUAAAUCUUGGUGGGAUUGGAAUGCUUUUGCCGUUGCAAUGAUAGGACUUGUUCAAGUCAUUGCCGGAGCUGUUUUAGUAGCCUUUGGUUUGACUCAGAUAGGCAAUGCUUUAAUAUCAGGUAUUUUUAGUUGGAAAGAAUGGGCAAUACAAAAAGCAAUUAGCUUCGGUCUCUCUAUGUUGACUGCUGGAAUUGGAAAGUUUUUGACGGAUAAAAUUAUGGAACAGAUUCAAGAAAAUGUUAUACAAAAGAUUGUUAGUAAAAUAGAAGAAAAUUUAUUAAAGGGAAUAAUCGGUUUAAUAAAUAAUAAAAUAGAAACCUCUUUAUCUUCAAAAAAUCCAAAACAAAUUACUGCAAGUUAUUUGAGAGAAGCAAAAGAUAAAGAUAGAGCUUUAGGUAUAGCUGAUAUAAAAAUGUUAGCAGAUCGUAAAAGAAGAAAAAUAACUGUUUACAAUUCAGAUACUGACGAAAAAGAAAUAAUAAAUUCUUCAGGAGUAAGAAAAAUAUCUGCUCUUUUUAAACAAUCUGCUAAAAUCUAUUAUGAAGCAGGUGAAAAUGGAGAUAUUUGA